AUGUCCGAUGGCUUUGAAGGGAAAGAUCCAAAUGGUACUCUAUCCUCCUUUUCAAUCAAUGAUAUGAGUAAUUAGCAAUAACAAUAAACAACCUCUACUUCAUUGACUCAUCAAUUCUACAGAAGUACGAGUUACAAUAAAAACCCAGUAUUGAAAAACCUAAAUUUGCAAAAAGAGGGAACUGCUGCAAAGGAUAAGGAUCUUCAGUUUUUGAUGAAAAUGAAUAAGCCUGAGAACAAAAAUUAGUUCCAGAAAAGUUUGGCUGAAACUUUGAGAAUUAAGCGUGAACAUUAGGAGAAAAUUGAAUAGGAAAGACUGCAAUAUUCAUCAAUACCAAGAAGUAAUAUACCGAAAGAAAGUGAUGCUAAGGGCACAGCAUUUCGUAUAAGGCCCUAAACUCCGAGACUGAAUUUGCUAAAAAAUAGACCUAAUAAGGUAGGGAGAGAUUAAAGAAUACCUUAGCCAUUAGAAAGAAGGGCUCAUGAAUAGCUUUAACCCAUCGAUAUGGAGUUGAUCAAUAAACAUAUCCCCAAAAAGAAGCAAAUCAAAGUUAUGAAAGCUGAAGAUUUUCUUGAAUAGAUGGAGGCUCGUGAUGAUCUAAGCGUUGAAUCUCCUAAGAGGCAAUAUACAGAAACAGAUAAUAAUUAUAGUGAUGAAGAUGAUGAAGCUCUAGUUAUAAAAGCUGGAAAAAAUGCCGCUACUGGCGGUUUAUUCUCUGGCUUUGAAGAAAAAUUCUUUGAAAUAAUGGAUUAAGAAGAAAUAGAGAAUGACCUUGAAUUAAAUGAAAAAUUUUUGUCCUAGCAUCUUGAUGUAAGACCUGAGGAACUUGCUAGACUUACCAAAAUAGAAUUAAGAGUUGACACUACAUGUCAUAAUCUUCAGGCAACAGGUGAAAUACUCAGCAGUAUUGAGUAUCUGAAAAUGAAUGAUUCAAUUAUUAGAUGCUUUAGAGACUUAGGUACGAGCUUCAAGUUCGUUAGGAUCCUUAUGAUUGCUAGAUGUGAAUUAAAGGAGGUGUAAGGAAUUCUAGCCUUUGAACAUUUGGAAGAACUCUACAUUUCAUACAACUUUAUUGAAGAGCUGUUUGACAUUGGCUUCCUUGAGCAUUUGAAUGUUUUGGAUAUGGAAGGAAACAAUAUAAAAGGCCUAGACUAGAUAUAUUAUCUCAAAAGAACUCCUUAUUUGUAAGAACUUAAUUUAAAAUAUAACCCAGUAACCGAGGAAGUAGCUUACUAUCAAAGAAUCUAAGAAUGUGUUCCAAGACUUGAAAGUCUAGACGAUGAAAUUGUAGAGACCGGAUUUUUCGAAAGAAAGACAGAAGAAACUAAGAAAUUUAAUCUAUUAAAAACUACAUUCCUCCCAUCAUAAAAAUUAACUGAUUAGGAGCUUGAAAGAUUAAGUUUUAUUCAAGCAUUUAUCAGAUUAGGAGCAGAUCUAGAACUUAUGAAAAAGUGGAGUGAAGAAGCAGUUACAUGCUUUGAGAAAGAGCCUAAUGAGGAGGAGCUAUUAAUCAAGGCAAUUAAGACUUACUCUCUUGAGAAAAAAGCAUAGCAAAAUUUUUCAGAAGAUUGGGAAAACUUUGAAAAUCAGCCACCAACUCCAAAUAAACGACCAAUGAGUAGCAGUGCAUUAAAGAGUGUAAUGGGAGAAUAAUUCAGGCGAACUGUAUCUGAAGGCUUUGGCAAUGACAGUACUAAUUUAGAUAGAAAAAGAGGAGCAAGUUCUAAUAAUGUAUCAGGUAUCUAUCCAUUUAAGCCAGCUUAAAAUAAUUCAUUCUUUAAAACCACUCGAAGUACAGCAUAAUCUACUCAGGAUUCAUUUGGAUCUCUAUAGUUUCCUCAAAAUAGUCAGAUUGAUGACUCAAAUGCAGUUUCUGAACUGAUUUCAAAUAAUGAUUAAGUUAUAACUGGCAAUCCCUUGUCACUUCUAAGAGGAACGCAAAAUAAAAAAAGAUUGCCCUUCCUUGGAGUACACACAACUUCAGGAGAUAGCAUACCUAAAGAUAUUUAUAGCUUGAUAAAUGAAUUUCACCAAGAUUUCAAGCAAGUAAGUCGAGAUUGUAUUAGCGUCAUUAAAUCUUGGUUAGAAGAAAGGUAUAAGAACCGCAUUCAAUAUGGGAAAUGGUCCCAUCAAAGCUGA